AUGUUAUUAUAUGGAAUUUUUGUAACUCUGGUAUUGGGGUUGGUUGCUGGUGCUUAUAUUGAAGUCAACCUGGAAACGGGUGGCUACUACCUUGCUUCAAAAGAUGGUUAUUACUAUUUAGUUGACAAAAAGGGUGAUGCUUUUACUGAUUUUCUGUUGGAAAACUCCGAACUAUCAGGAAACGGCAUCUGGGGCAGAGAUCCUGUCACUGAAAAGGUAACUGAUGGUAGUACUCAGCUAGAGAUUGUGGGCUACCCAGUACCUAACUUAAUGAAACAACUUUUGUUUCCCCUGAACGGUAAUUAUAGUUUUUAUGCCUGCCAAGAUCCUGGAUCGACAAGUGAAGAAUGGGAGUUGUAUGUUCGGGAUCAAGAAGACGAGGGUUUGUCUUUCUCGGAUACCUCAGAUAUUCUGACUGAUGGCGAAACCAUCAGUGACAUUUCUGACACUUUAAGUGACAUUUCCGAUACUUCUAGUGACGAUCUUGGAGGAAUCAACACAGAAACUGACAUCUCCACUACUGAAACUGGCAAUGAGUCCAUCAUCGACACAGGACUUGACACUGAUACAUUGAUUAAUGGUGGUGGUGAAUCUUUAAUUAACACCGACACUGUCGUUGAUGGCGGGCAAGACACCCUAACUGAUGGUCUUAUUGACACUAAUACCGAUCAAGCCAUUGACACAGACACUGAUCAAGCCAUUGACACAAACACUGAUCAAGUUGCCAUUGAUACUAACACUGAUCAAGUUGUUAUUGAUACUAACACUGAUCAAGUUGCCAUUGAUACCAACACUGUCGCUGUUAAUCCUGGCAACACUGAUGUUUUAGAAGAGACAACUACUGCAGCUAACGAUGUGUUGGUUACUGAAGAACCAGUUGCGUCUGCCAUCAAGAGGUUCAGAAGAGUAAGAAGGAGACGCACAUUAAAAGAGCAAUCCAAGAGAGAUGCCAUUUUCAAAAUAAAUUAUGACAUGUGUUUCUACGUCACAUUGGUCUUAGUGGAUGAUGGUGGAUGUAGUGCUUCCGACUGUACUCCAAGUUGUACAACUAUGUGUGCUAUUGCCUCGUGUCUACCUGGCUCUGAAUGCCCAGAAAUGUGCUACACCAAUUGUCCAAACGACUCUUGCACAACCGGAUGCACCAAGUCCUUGUGUAAUGAAUCAGGCAGCUGCUCUUCGGGAGCCUGUACCACUAAGUGCCCACCAACUUGUUUCACAAGCUGUCGACCUGUAACAUGUACCGGAUGUAAACCUGUCUGUGAAACUUUUUGUGUUAAUGAUCCUUGUGUAACUGUUUGUGAAGCUGGCUGUACAACUUCGGGAUGUUCUGCCUCCUGCUCUAUCUCUUGUCCUUGUUCAGGGUCGAGUUGUCCUGGAGUGUGCUCAGGAACAGAUUGUCCUAAACUCGAUCCUCCCACUUGUACUGGUACAAGUUGUCCAAAGGUCGGAACUGGCACCUGUACUGGAACAAGGUGUCCUAAUGUUGGGCCUGGAACUUGUACGGGCUUAACAUGUAAGAAGUGUACUACAUGUGAUCAAACAGUUGUUUUCAAGGGCUGUCCAACAUGUGUUCACACCUUCACUGAUUUUGUCAUUACCUGUCCUUCAGCUACUACUAUUACGAUUUCGACUUGUCCAAAUUUGAAUCAAUGCUCGCCUAAGAUUUUGUCAUUGAGUCCAGGAACACAUACGCUCUCAGGAACAGCAGUUGUUCCAUUGAAGUCUGAUAUUGUUCUGACUAUCAAGGCAGCAGCUGCCACUGCUACUGGAGGUACUGGAGGCACUGGAGGCACUAAAAGUUCGGGUAGUGGAGGUUCUGGAAACACUUCUAAAGGUUCGACAACUGGCAAUUCUGGAGGGUCUCAGAAAGAUUUGGUUGGCACGUUUUUCGCAGCAAUGGCAUUCUUCGUGCUAUUGUGGUAG